AUGUCCUCUGCCAUCAUCUCUAACGACGAUGAAUAUUAUAUUCGAGUGUUGGAUAAAGCCUCCACACUCGCACGAACACACUUUCAAAACGGAACUGAAUUAUUUCAGAAAAAGCACUAUGAUGAAGCCAUUGAUAUUCUCAGUCAAUGUUUGAAUCAAUUUCAAACGGAACGGAUCGUAUUGGACGAAUUGGAUCAUGAUGUGUUCAUUCAAGCCUCAUCAUCGAAUUGGAAACAGGUGGCUGCCUUGACGGAUAAGUCUUCUCUCGAAUUAGCUGCAAAAGUUUUAAUUACAAGAGGAUUGUGCUUUUAUAAUUCAACGCUUUCAUCAUCAUCCUCUCUUUCGGAAUCGGCUCGAGAGAUGAAAUUUCAGAAAGCCAUCCAUGACUUGAAUAAUGUUUCUCAACAUUAUAAACUUUACAAAAGGUUAUACUUUGCAGAGAAUGGAUAUGAAUAUUUGCUUUACAAAGAUUGGGAAGCACUGAAUUUGUUCUUGUCAAGCAUGAAGGCGUAUUUUCUUCAAGGAAGAUGUCUACAACAAAUGAAAGAACGGUCACCUUCAAGAGUGGUGUCGAACUCAGAUAAUAGUGAUCUCUCAAGCACGUUGGAGACGGCAAUUACAUGUUUUAGUGAAGCUAUUUCAAUGGCUAAGGAUUUAAAACAACAUUUAGAUAUUGUUGCAAACGUGAAUAAUUGCAAAGCAACUUUGGAGCAAUUUCCACAAUAUUUUCUCAAUAGAGGGUUAUGCUACAAUGACAUUGCUUCAUAUGAUUUGGCCAUAUCAGAUUUCACAACAUUGAUUAGUAUGACCGAAAAAGAGAGUUCAUCAUCAACACACGACAAAAAGCAAUCACAAUUACUCAUUGCGUAUCACAAUAGAGGAUACGCACAUGCAUCAGAGAGACAUUAUGAUGAAGCUAUUGACGACUUUACAAAAGCCAUCUCAUGUUUCAAUUCAUUGACAGAAAAUAGUUUCGAAAAGAAUCAAAAUUUCGAGAAUUAUGUUCAAACUCUGUAUCAAAGAGCCAGAAUUUUACAAAAGUACAUAACCGAUCACAUCUUUGAAUGCAAAAGCAGCAAAGAUGAAAAACUUGCCUCCAAAAUUGUCAAAUACAAGAAAAUGGCAUGUGACGACUAUGACUUGGUGAUCAAAUUGAACCCAACCAACACCUACCCUUAUCGAUUUAACGCUUCUCAAAUUUUUAUUCUAGUUGCCAACAGCAUGGAACAUUUUCGCCCAAAACAAGAAAUUGAAGAAAGUUACUUAAAGGCCAUUCCACACCUGAAAGAAUGUAUAUCUCAAAAACCGUCAUUCUUUAAAUUAUACCUUGAUUUGGCUAGAUGUCUCCAAAAAACAAAUCAGAAUAAGAACGUAGACGAGUUAGUAUGCUUGUAUGAUAAAAGUAUUCAACUCAUGGAAACAGAAGUUGAAGGAAAAUGGAUUUCAAAAACCCAAAAGGCCAAUAUUUAUUUUGAGAGAGGAGUGCUAAAUAACAAACUGCAGGACAAGACGGAUCAAUCGAUUUCAGAUUUUACAAAGGCUAUAUCUCUUAAUGCAGAAUUUACGGAUGCAUAUUUUAACAGAGCUUUAAUUUAUUACUUGAAGAAAAAGAAGUUUGAUUUAUCUUUGCAAGAUUUGAGAAAAGUAGUUGAAAUUAACCCUAACGAUAUUGAAGCUUAUUUAGAAAUUGUCAUGAUUAGUGUGGAGUUGAGAAAAUAUGAAGAUGUCAAGAAAGUGUUGGAAACAAUACUCGAGCUAGAUCCAGACAAUGUCAUCGCACUUAAUUAUAUGGAACAUCUUCGAAAUCACACCGAGAGUAAAAUAUCCAACACGUCUCAUUCCAUUCGUGAAGAACACUCGUUCGACCAAGAUAUAGAAGCACAAAAGAAAAAGAAAGGUACCUCUGACAAAUCCUUGAAAAAUCUCUUUAAAAGAAAGGACUCCAGCUCACGUGAAGAAAAAGAUCCAAGCGAAGAACAUCACCAAUCAUCAUCGAAUGGAAAGAAAUUGUUUGUGGAUCCUAAUUUCCCACCUGUGAAAAAGUCUCUACUUGGAACAGGAAAUUUAGCCGACUUUGAAUUACCAGCACACAUCAAGAAUUUAGACACUGGAAUUGUGUGGUUACGCCCUAAUGAAAUUACUGGUGUGACAAAACCUGCUCUUUUUGUUGACGGACAUGAUUAUAAUGAUGUCAUGCAAGGAGCUCUUGGAAAUUGUUGGGUCAUGAGUGGCUUUGCAAUCGUUGCUAACUAUCCCCAUCUCAUGAAGAAAAUUAUUGUAGAGUCCAAAUGCAACCCAUCUAUUGGAAAGUAUACUUUUUGUUUUUUCAAAGAAGGAGAAUCUAAGGAAGUUGUUAUUGACGAUUUAAUACCCUGUGAUGCUCUCUCGAGAAGUUAUCUAUUUUCAUGUUCAAGAGAUCCCAAUGAAUUAUGGGUUCCCUUGUUAGAAAAGGCCUAUGCUGCUCUGUAUGGAAAUUAUUAUUCAUUAAUGGGAGGUCACUUGAAGGACUCACUUGUGGAUCUCACUGGAGGUAUUCCUUUUACUUGCAAAGUGAGUUCACAAAAUAUGGAAGAGAUUUGGAAUUUGGUGUGUUCCUUGCCUAGACCAAAUACUGAUCUCACACGAUGCAAAUCCAUCAAAUUGAUGGGAGCUCGCUCCGAAACAUCUGCCUCCGACUACACAGGUAUUAUUAAUUUUCAUGCUUAUUCCAUUAUUGAAGCGAUUGAAUUGCCAACGUAUCUCACCAAUGGAAAAAGAGUGCGCUUAAUCAAGCUUAAAAAUCCAUGGGCAAACGCUAUGGAAUGGCGUGGUGAUUGGUCUGAUAGCAGUUCUCUGUGGACUCCAGAGCUCAGAAAAUUUGUAGGAAAUCAAUUUAAUACUCAAGAUGGAAUCUUUUUCAUGUCGCUCGAAUAUUUUGCGGUGCAAUGGAAUUUAAUAGAAGGAGUUGAAAUCUUCAAUCCUUCCCUUUGGAGUCAAUACAUUACGAGAGGAUUUUUUGACUCUAAUAUUCGAUCGGAUAAUGAUUGGACAGCUGAUUUGCUUGAGGAGACACAAUUCUUAAUUGAAAACCCUUCAGAAAAUAACCGAGUGAUCAUUUCUUUAGCUCAAUUAGAUACAAGAUAUGACUAUGACAAGAAGAAUACUGAUUCAUGCAUUGCUAUUCAUUUACUUCAAUAUGACAAACCAUUUGCUGGAAGAAAUAGUUCAAGAAUCAACAAGAUCCAGAAAAAGUCCAUUCUCGUCCAAAAUGAAUAUAUGGAAGAACGAGAGGUGGUGAUUGAUAAGGUCUUACCAGCAGGAACUUUUGUGGCCAUUCCACACGAAUAUUUCACAACCAAUUGUGCCGAUGCUGAAUGUGGCUCCUACACUCUUAGAAUUAUUUCUGAAAAGAAGAUGAACAUUUUUGAGUUGAAACCUUAA